GAUACACAGAUGGGGAGGAGCCUGGGGGCAUAUGGGGUCCAGCCUGCAGAGAGCUGGAGGGGAGGGCCCAGCUGGACCCCUCCCUUGGCUCACAUCUGCCCCUCCCCUGCAGGCCACGACAUCAAUGGUGCCCUGGAGCCCUCCAACAUCGACACCAGCAUCCUGGAGGAGUACAUCAGCAAGGAGGAUGCCUCUGACCUCUGCUUCCCCGACAUCUCUGCUCCAGCCAGUGCGGCCUCCUACCCCCACGGGCAGCCGGCCAUCCCGGGCUCCAGCGGGGGCCACCACCUGAGCCCCUCUGGGGGCGGACCCUCCCCGGGGCGCCACGGCCCCCUCCCCGCCCCGAGCUACAGCGCCCCCCUCAACUGCAACAACAACAAUGCCAUGGGCACUGCUCCCAAGCCCUUUCUGGGGGGCUCUGGCCCCCCCAUCAAGGCAGAGCCCAAGGCUCCCUAUGCCCCAGGCACACUGCCGGACUCUCCCCCAGACUCGGGCUCCGAGGCCUACUCCCCCCAGCAGGUGAAUGACCCCCAUCUCCUGCGCACCAUUACCCCUGAGUCCCUGUGCCACGUGGGAGUGCCCUCCCGCCUGGAGCACCCACCUCCACCUCCAGCCCACCUACCAGGCCCUCCGCCGCCCCCGCCACCCCCGCCUCACUACCCUGUCCUGCAGCGGGACCUGUACAUGAAGGCUGAGCCCCCGAUGCCCCCCUACGCUGCCAUGGGGCAGGGGCUGGUGCCCACGGAUCUCCACCACACACAGCAGUCCCAGAUGCUACACCAGCUGUUGAAUCAGCACGGAGCUGAGCUCCCCACACACCCCUCCAAGAAGAGGAAGCACUCCGAAUCACCUCCCAACACCCUUAAUGCCCAGAUGCUGAAUGGAAUGAUCAAACAGGAGCCCGGGACCGCGACGACCCUGCCCCCGCACCCAGCUCGAGCCCCUUCCCCACCCUGGCCUCCCCAGGGCCCACUCUCCCCCGGCCCCGGCUCCUUGCCCCUCAGCAUCGCCCGGGUCCAGACGCCACCUUGGCACCCACCGGGUGCACCCUCACCAGGUCUCCUGCAGGACAAUGAUAGCCUUAGUGGCUCCUACCUGGAUCCCAACUACCAAUCCAUCAAGUGGCAACCACAUCAGCAGAACAAGUGGGCAACGCUGUACGACGCAAACUACAAGGAGCUGCCCAUGCUCACCUACCGCGUGGACGCUGACAAGGGCUUCAACUUUUCGGUGGGCGACGACGCCUUCGUGUGCCAGAAGAAGAACCACUUUCAGGUGACAGUCUAUAUCGGCAUGCUGGGGGAGCCCAAGUACGUCAAGACGCCCGAAGGCCUCAAGCCCCUUGACUGCUUCUACCUGAAACUGCACGGAGUGAAGCUGGAGGCCCUGAACCAGUCCAUCAACAUUGAGCAGUCACAGUCCGACCGAAGCAAGCGGCCCUUUAACCCUGUCACGGUCAAUCUGCCUCCUGAGCAGGUCACGAAGGUGACUGUGGGGCGCUUGCACUUCAGCGAGACCACCGCCAACAACAUGCGGAAGAAGGGCAAACCUAACCCUGACCAGAGGUACUUCAUGCUGGUGGUGGCGCUCCAGGCCCAUGCACAGAACCAGAACUACACGCUGGCUGCCCAGAUCUCAGAGCGCAUCAUCGUGAGGGCCUCCAACCCAGGCCAGUUUGAGAGUGACAGCGACGUGCUGUGGCAGCGGGCGCAGGUGCCCGACACUGUCUUCCACCAUGGCCGCGUGGGCAUCAACACGGACCGACCCGACGAGGCGUUGGUCGUGCACGGCAAUGUCAAGGUCAUGGGCUCGCUCAUGCACCCCUCCGACCUGCGGGCCAAGGAGCACGUGCAGGAGGUGGACACCACGGAGCAGCUGAAGAGGAUCUCACGCAUGCGGCUGGUGCACUACAGAUACAAACCUGAGUUUGCAGCCACCGCAGGCAUCGAGGCCACGGCACCAGAGACGGGUGUCAUCGCCCAGGAGGUGAAGGAGAUCCUGCCUGAGGCCGUGAAGGACACUGGAGACGUGGUCUUUGCCAAUGGGAAAACCAUAGAGAACUUCUUGGUGGUGAACAAGGAGCGCAUCUUCAUGGAGAACGUGGGUGCCGUGAAGGAGCUGUGCAAGCUGACAGACAACCUGGAGACGCGCAUUGACGAGCUGGAGCGCUGGAGCCACAAGCUGGCCAAACUGCGGCGGCUGGACAGCCUCAAGUCCACUGGCAGCUCGGGUGCCUUCAGCCAUGCAGGGAGCCAGUUCAGCCGGGCGGGCAGCGUCCCCCACAAGAAGAGGCCCCCCAAGGUGGCCAGCAAGUCGUCAUCUGUGGUCCCAGACCAGGCCUGCAUCAGCCAGCGCUUCCUGCAGGGAACCAUCAUUGCCCUGGUGGUGGUCAUGGCCUUCAGCGUGGUGUCCAUGUCUACACUGUAUGUGCUGAGCCUGCGCACCGAGGAGGACCUGGUGGAAACCGAUGGGUCCAGCCAGAGCUUUGGGACCACUCAGCUCCGACAGUCCCCUGUGACCACCGGGCUGCCAGGCACACGGCCCUCUUUGCUGCUGGUUACCACCGGCCUGAGCAGCUCAGCCCCAGGUCCUGUCAUCCCCACUUUGGACCUGUGCUCCAGCCGCCCUUGUCCAGUCAUCUGCUGUUCCUCCUCCACCCCCAGCCCUACCCCUGCCCCUAGUCUUGGCUCCAGCUUUAACCCUGGCCGUGGCCUCAGCCCCAGUCCCAGCCCCUCCACCAACCGCUCAGGCCCCGGCCAGAUGGCCCUCCUACCAGUCACCAACAUCAGAGCCAAGUCCUGGGGCCUGUCGGCCAAUGGUAUUGGCCACUCCAAGCAUCCAAAGAGCUCAGAGCCUCUGGCCAGCCCUGAAGUCCCCUUCCCUGGAGGGCAGGGCAAAGCCAAGAACAGCCCCAGCCUUGGUCUCCACGGCCGGGCCCGCAGAGGGCUUCCCCAGCCCGGCCUGAGCCCUGCUCGGCCCACUCAGGCCCAGGGCCAGCCAGACCCAGUGCCCUCCCUGACCUCCAUCCAGGUGCUGGAGAACUCAAUGCCCAUCACUUCCCAGUACUGCGCUCCAGAGGAUGCCUGCAGGCCUGGAAACUUCACCUACCACAUCCCUGUCAGCAGCGGCACCCCGCUGCACCUCAGCCUGACUCUGCAGAUGAACUCUUCGUCUCCCGUGUCUGUGGUGCUGUGCAGCCUGAUGUCAAAGGAGCAGCCGUGUGAGGAGAGGGACUUUCCACAGAGCCUGCACACCUACCAGGACACCCAGGGCACGUCCCACCAGUGGCCAGUGACCAUCCUGUCUUUCCGAGAAUUCACCUACCACUUCCGGGUGGCACUGCUGGGUCAGGCCAACUGCAGCGUGGAGGCCCCGGUCCUGCCGGCCACAGACUACUAUUUCCACUUCUACCGCCUGUGUGACUGAGCUGCCCUCCCCAAGGCAGCACCACACCACGGCCCGGGUCCCCGGGCGCCCCUUCCACACUGGACGCGGUGGUGUUACACUGGAGCCGCUGCCCGCCAGCUCUCUGCUCACUGGCACCCCCUUGGAGAGACUGAACCGGGCCUGGCCCUCCCCACGACUGGUGAAACUGGAAGUCCUCACACUGGAGUUGCUGUCCCUGCCGGUCGCCCCUCCCACGUCGCGGAGGGAGCCAGAGGGACCUCCUGGGGCCAGGCCGGGACCAGUUCCUAUCUGUCCAGUUACGGUGGUUGGAGGGCCGGCCUCAGGUACCCUGGAGGCAAGGGUAAGCCUGUGACUGUCCAGAGCCUACCUCCCCCCCCCCCCUUUUGGGGCUGGGGGCCCCCCCCCCUCUUUUGGAGAGGGGCCCUGCUGACUUUGCUAUCAGCUGGGGACUUGGACGGAGCCCUAAAAGACUCGGCUGGAUCCAUGAGUCGGUGGAGAGUAUGCCGCCAUCACCCUCACAGCUGCUCCCUGCGGGGGCGGCGAGGUGGUAGACUUUUUGGGGUUUGACUGUUACGCUGGACUUGGGACUUUUAAGCUUUAAGUGUGGCCCAGGAGGUCUCUUCUCCCUGGGAACACGGGCUCCCAAGAGCUCCCAGGGCAGCGGGAGCCAGCCCUGGAUGGGCUGGAAAGACUGACCAUGUGCCUUAUGUACAUUUCGUGCCCAGCUGAACCAGUGAGGGAGGUGGGGCGGUGGGCGAGGUAAGCCCCGGACCCUUGAACCUGGAGUAUCCUGAAGUUCCCUGUGGGGGGGCGCC